GGCGAGAGAGAUAUGAGAGAAUUUUCCGGUGAGCACCGUUCCCAUGGAGACAUAUAAGAAAAUCCUCGUCGCACAUUCAACCCAACUUCUCCAUCCCACUCACACAACUUUUUUCCUCGGCCUCGAUCAACUUGCAUCCUCAAGUUCUCAUACCUUUCGGUAACUUCAACCAGUAACACAUCAAUCUCUUGCAUUACUUUGCAAGUUCAUCGUAUCAUCUCGUCGCAUUCCAUUCCUCCACCAAAAAUAUUUCAUCAACCACAAUCAAGAUGUCCGACAACGAUGUCGCAAGCUCUCAGACUCAAGGCAACGGCGGUAUGAGCCAGUCUGAUGUCGAUUUCCUUAUGUGUUGUCUUCGCAAUACCACCGGCGGUUCUAUCCAGGUCGAUACUCAAAAGGUCGCUCAACUCUUGCAGUACAAGAAUCCCCGCUCAGUUUCCAACAAGGUCUCUUUCAUUAAGAAGAAGUACGAUCUUCCUUUUGGUGCCUCAUCGCGCACUGCUGAUGAAAUGGCCGGUGGCAAGGUUGGCAAGGGUGACGGCUCUCCAAAGAAGGCAUCCGAUGUCAAUGGCACCAAUGAGCCUGCUGUUCCUACCACACCCUCCAAGAACCGCGUCACUAAAACCAAGGCUGCUCCCAGACCUCGUGCCAAGAAGACACCAGCAAAGAAACCCGCCAAGAAGGCCGAGGAAUCCGACGAGGAACUCUCUGAUGUUAAAGAUGAUGAGAUGGAGGAUGUCAAGGAAGAAGCUAAUGAAGAAGAUGAUGAGUAAACCAUAUCUAGUCAUCAAUCCUUCUGGGCUGUCACUGGUGGCUUCUAUGAGCGAGGUUACAUAUGUGCUAGCCAAGCUCGUCGUGGGUGCCGAAAGGUGGUUCUGUUCAGCGUUGGAUCUCUAAAGUUCUGACAAUUUUCUUCUUCUUUUAUGUUCAUGACGAUUCGGGUUUAUGAUAGAUACUAUGAAUUACGGAGAGGAAGGUUGCUAUCAGCUAUGGAUACUAGUAAUUGUCUACUCCUCGUCGUUAGGAAAAGGGACGAUUCAUAGAUAGGUGUUGGUUACUGCAACUUCAAGUUGUUCUGGAAAGCACUAUCUAGGAUCUCUACAAAUCAUUACUUCUUUUAAUAUCUACA